AUGGAACCAAAACUGUGGUCCCCGAAUGUCUGUAUCGUCAACUCGAAAUCCACAAAAGUGCACGAUUCCCCUAAACCCAACAUCCUCCUCAUGAUAUUUCCCAACUGGACCAUCUGGCUAAACUACCGUAUUCGAUCCGAGGCACCGUGUCAGAUGAAUUUGAGAAACUUCCCGUUGGAUAGUAUCAGAUGUUCCUUGGUUUUCGAGAGUUACUCCUAUAAUGCUGCUGACGUGGAGUUACAAUGGUUGGAAUGGUCACCGGUGUGUACAGUAAGAAGUGACUAUAAUCUUCCGGACUUUCGAAUGACGAAUAUCACGUAUGGAAGUAUUACGGAGGCCUAUACCGCAGGAAUGUGGCACCGUCUCUCCGUGUCCAUUCACUUAGAACGUCUCUACGGUUUCUAUAUCCUUCAAAUGUAUCUUCCCACCUACAUAUCUGUAUUCAUAUCAUGGAUUGCUUUCUGGAUGGAUACGAAAGCACUCCCUGCUAGAAUCACACUUUCUGUCUCUUCGUUAAUGGCAUUAACGUUCCAGUUUGGCCUCCUACGUCAAAGCAAUCGAUAUCUGGAUGUUCAGUUGUGUUGGAUGUUCGCUCUCUUCAAUCUGGUCUAUUGGUCCUACUACUUGACGACAAGUAUGAAUCCGGUUUACACAUGA